CUAGAGCCAGUGUUCAGUUCUAAACAAACACACGGCAUCCUGUUUGUUUUCCGCGUCGCUGGUGAGUUCAGUGCCCAAACCAAGGCAGUGUGUGGCACUGGCUGAAGCGAUGUGGCGGGAGGUCAUGGGAAGCCCAGAGCGUGUGUGUGCAUCACACAGUUCCCUUGAGCUCGGUAUUGGCGGCAGGAGCUGCUGAUGGAAGUUCAACACAAUCCCUGGGACUCGUUCCCCAGUGCGGAGUCCCUGAACGUUCCUAAUGGCUGGUGGCAGAAGCAUAGAACCAAACAGCCCUCUUACCAGGGUUUGUGCCUUUGCAUUGGGUGGGAUCUGGGAGACUGGAGAAAAGUUCGAGAGCCUUGAAACCCGACCAUUCUAUUAAUGCAGCCUAACGAGCCAUUUGGAAGCAGAAGCCCCCUUUGGGAACUCCCAGCUGCCUUGAGGUGCAGACACAGUGACAAUGGAAACAGUGGAAAUAGCCUUCUUCCUAAGGAAUGGACACAGACAGGAGGAAGCUUGAUAGCUUGCCCAAGAUUCAGGCACUCCAAGGCGGAACAGGACUCCUGGGUUUCCUCCUUCUGCCUUCCUCCCCAUAUCUGCCUGAGCUGGGGGCCCUCUUCCCGGCUGCCUGGCUGGGGGGGGGGGAAUUGCAAGCCCCAGUGCCAUAGGAAUUGGGCCAGCUUGGCGGUAUUACUACAGCUGGGCGUUGACUUUGGAGCCCCUGGUCUCUUUAGUACACCACUGGGCUUUAUUCAGAGCAGGGGAAUCGGGCUUGUGCAAGGCUGCACUGGGGUCCUAGAGACCUGAAGGCUUACUUGCCCUGAAUCCUAAGGCAGCACUUCCAAGACUUCAUGCGCUGGCUUACUUGUGGUGCACUGCAGAAAGCUGAAUCCACGAUCUGCUGGUCAUACUUGACCUCCAAGACUCUGGCUUGAACCCUAGCCCUGGGAUCUUCUUGGGGUCCUCACAGAUCAGGAAGUGUUUGGGAUCUCCUUUACCCAACCUGUGGGUCAAGUCCACUGAAUGGUCAGUCCUGAACGCGCUUUCCAAGUCCGUGCGGCGCCUGUGAAUGAAAGCCUGUGAAUGAAAGUCGGGCUGGGACAGCCGGUACGAUCCGGCGCGAGGGACAACCGAAAGACAGCUGGGAAGCCCAGGACUCCAAAUUCCCGCUUCUCGGAACCACGAUCCACAACCCGCUCCCCUGCCCCCAACCGCUCCCUGCUGAGUCGGAGCUCGGAAACCCGGGAUAGGGGAGGCGGUGUUCCUAGCCCCGCACCCCAGGAGGCGCGCUCCGAGGGAAGCCGCCAGUGCGCCGCCUCUGCCUGGGCGCGGAACAAACGGUUAAAGAUUUUGGGCAGCGCCUCGCGGGAGGAGGAGCUAGGGGCCAGAUCCGCAAUUAAAGAUGAACUUUGGGUGAACUAAUUUGUCUGACCAAGGUAACGUGGGCAGUAACCUGGGCGGCCUAUAAAGAGGGCGCGCGGCAGGGUUCGGAGCGAGGGCGGCGGCGGCAGGUGGCGCGGAGACUGCUGCAUGUCAUGGGGCUCCCGGCGCUGCUGGCCAGUGCUCUCUGCACCUUCGUGCUGCCGCUGCUGCUCUUUCUGGCAGCCACCAAGCUCUGGUACCUGUACUGUGUGAGCAGCCGCGACCGCAGCUGCGCCCUCCCUUUGCCCCCCGGGACCAUGGGCUUCCCAUUCUUUGGGGAAACAUUGCAGAUGGUGCUGCAGCGGAGGAAGUUUCUGCAGAUGAAGCGCAGGAAAUACGGCUUCAUCUACAAGACGCAUCUGUUUGGACGGCCCACGGUGCGGGUGAUGGGCGCAGAUAACGUGCGGCGCAUCUUGCUGGGAGAGCACCGGUUGGUAGCGGUGCACUGGCCUGCGUCGGUUCGCACCAUCCUGGGCGCCGGCUGCCUCUCCAACCUGCACGAUUCCUCUCACAAGCAGCGAAAGAAGGUGAUUAUGCAGGCCUUCAACCGUGAGGCACUCCAGUGCUAUGUGCCGGUGAUCGCCGAGGAGGUGGGCAGUUGUCUGGAGCAGUGGCUAAGCUGUGGCGAGCGCGGCCUCCUGGUCUACCCCGAGGUGAAGCGCCUCAUGUUCCGCAUCGCCAUGCGCAUCCUGCUGGGCUGCGAGCCGGGUCCGGCGGGCGGCGGCGGAGAGGACGAGCAGCAGCUGGUGGAGGCCUUCGAGGAGAUGACCCGCAAUCUCUUCUCUCUCCCCAUUGACGUGCCCUUCAGCGGGCUGUAUCGGGGCGUGAAGGCGAGGAACCUCAUUCACGCACGCAUCGAGGAGAACAUUCGCGCCAAGAUCCGCCGCCUUCGGGCCCAAGAGCCGCAAGGGGAUUGCAAGGACGCACUGCAGCUCCUGAUUGAACACUCGUGGGAGAGGGGAGAGCGGCUGGAUAUGCAGGCACUAAAGCAAUCUUCAACAGAGCUCCUCUUUGGUGGCCAUGAAACCACAGCCAGUGCAGCCACAUCGCUGAUCGCUUACCUAGGACUCUACCCACAUGUUCUCCAGAAAGUCCGAGCAGAGAUAAAGAGUAAGGGCUUACUUUGCAAGAGCAAUCAAGACAACAAGUUAGACAUGGAAACUUUGGAGCAACUGAAAUACACUGGGUGUGUUAUUAAGGAGACCCUUCGAUUGAAUCCCCCAGUUCCAGGAGGGUUUCGGGUUGCUUUGAAGACUUUUGAGUUGAAUGGAUACCAGAUUCCCAAGGGCUGGAAUGUUAUUUAUAGUAUCUGUGACACUCAUGAUGUGGCAGAUAUCUUCACUAACAAGGAGGAAUUUAACCCUGACCGCUUUAUACCGCCUCAUCCAGAGGAUGCAUCCAGGUUCAGCUUCAUUCCAUUUGGAGGAGGCCUUCGAAGCUGUGUAGGCAAAGAGUUUGCAAAAAUUCUUCUUAAGAUAUUUACAGUGGAGCUGGCCAGGUAUUGUGAUUGGCAGCUUCUAAAUGGACCUCCUACAAUGAAAACCAGCCCCACUGUAUACCCUGUGGAUAAUCUCCCUGCAAGAUUCACCCACUUCCAGGGAGAUAUCUGAUGGGUAUUUCAACUCUUGGACUUCUUUGAAGUGUACUUUUUUUAUAGUGCCAUGUUGCCUUUAUUUAAUUUCUAAAUGUAUAGUAUAAUAUUUAUAUGUCUCUACUACAGCCCCAUGGUCUUUAAAUAUUAAAAUAAUGAACUUGUAUGAUUUCCAAAUAAAGUAAAAUUAAAAAGUG